AUGGAACCCUCGUACUCGACCAGCAGCGAAGACUCGAUCCAAUCGACCAUGCCCUUCUACUAUGCUAGCUACCCUCCCACUUCCGACUUCGAGCUGCCCUUCCAGCCCACCUCGUCACCGCCAUAUGCGCCGUCGUAUGCGUCCUCCUUCAGCGCAUCGUCAUACAACUCCCCCGCCUUCAGUACCUGCGAUUACACCACUCCCCCACUCGCCUACUCUGCCCAGGCGAUGCAAACGAACAAUGCCACAUACUUUGCGCCCAUGCAGUCUCACUGCGUCUGGAGCGCCGCCGCAGCUCCUGUCUCUGCAGCGGUCGCGUCGGCCGGCGCAAUGCCGCCCGUGGAGAAGGUUCUGAUCACGGAUGCCGACGAGGUAGACAUGGACCUGGAAACGGACCUCGACCUCGACCUACAACAACAAUACCUCAUGGACGAGCCCAAACCCAUGCCCGCACCCACUGUGUCCAUGCAAAUGCCGAUGUCCAUCCCCACAGACUUCCACACCAGCCCCAGCGCCUGCUCCAGCCCUAUUCCCACCUCCCCCUCCAGCUCCGGCACCAAGCCGUUCUCCUGCGACUGCGGCCGCGCCUUCACGCGCCCGGCCGACCUCAAGCGCCACCAGACCAGCGUCCACAACCCCGUCUUCCAGGACUGUCCGGUGGAGGAGUGUCUGCGCAAAGCCGGCAAUGGGUUCCCGCGACGAGACCACCUCAUCGAGCACUUGCGGUCGUACCACCAUUGGGAUGUGCCGAAGCGACGAGCCGUGAGGAAGGGAAUGAAGGUUUCGACUUAG